AUAUUAUAUAAAGGCUACAGCAUUGGCGUGGAGCAGCAUUGCAAGGGAAAGUUUGAAAAUUCAUGAGAAAUACUUGUCAAUUAUAGAUAUCUUCCUCUCCGCAAGCUUCUGAAACAAUUCCCAGUUCAGCUCCUCCUCUCCUGCAUCGGCAAUUCCUUUGCUUUCAGAAUCGUAAUUGGUGGCAGUGGAUGUGCCGAUGGAUUUGGAGUACGCAACAAGUGCUCAGAUGGACUUGGAAACAGUGGCGAUGGGGAUGGAGAAGCUAAGGGAAUUUUCACAAACACCUGUGCUGCAGUCGCAACAGCUCGGGUACUCCCUCUCGCCGGAGCUCUCCAAUACCGGAGCCUCUUCUUUCCCGACGCAGCUUCUGCUGAACUCCUCGGGCGAGGGGCUCUGCGAGAGGCCGUCGGUGGCGGACAUGCGGGAGAUGAUGUUCCGGAUGGCGGCGCUGCAGCCCAUCCAGAUCGACCCGGAGUCGGUCAAGCCGCCGAAGCGGCGUAACGUGCGGAUAUCGAAGGACCCGCAGAGCGUGGCCGCCCGCCACCGGAGGGAGCGGAUCAGCGAGCGGAUCAGGAUCCUGCAGCAGCUGGUGCCCGGUGGGACCAAGAUGGACACGGCGUCGAUGCUGGAUGAGGCCAUCCACUACAUGAAGUUCCUGAAGAGCCAGGUGCAGUCGCUGGAGCGGGCUGCGGCCGCCGGCCGGACCACGGGCACCGCCGCAGGCUUCGCAAGCGCAGGCUCCUCGCACGUGAGCUACACGUGCUUCGAGGCCCCGGAUUUGGGAGCCCAAUUCCUCUUGAAUAAUUUGUCAGAUAUAAGCUAAUGGGCCCCAGCCCAAUCCGUCAUUGCUUACAUACUAUUGGAUCCGGGGGUGAAAUUAGUAGGUGUUAGAUGUUUAUCGUUGAGUUUAU